AUGGCUAAGUUCUUUGAGAUAGAUUUGAUUUCCUUGUCUUUGCUUAUAUUCUGUAGUCUUGUUCAACCCGAGGAAACAUGCAAAUCGUCAUAUUUUAAUAAACGUUAUCAAGGUAAGUGUCUUAUUUCUGUUUAAUAUUAUAAUUUUAUCAUGAUGCUCAACAGUCAUGCAUCUUUCUACGUUCUCCGGCCCAAAGAAACAUUUAAACUUCAAAUAUCGGUCGAGUGUUUGGAUGUUACUUCAACUUUUGUUGCAACUUACAACGCAAUUUUGGACAGUCUACUGAUGAUGUUAAGUUAGAUCAGUAAAAAUCAUUGAGCAUUGGUUAUUUCUCGCCUUCAUGCUAUUUUUAUUCUCAUUCAUUCAUUGCACGCCAGGAAAAUGUUGGCGGAGUAAAAUGUGGGACAAUUACUUGGUUCUACUGUGAAAACGGUUUAAAACGUUUGCGUUGAAAGUUGCAGCAAAUAAUACCGCGUACGCAUGUUACUAAGCGGUACAUGCAUACAUAAUAUGGUCUUAAAGAUCGGAACGGUUGCAGACACAUCCACACAAAAAGUUGCGAAAGAUCAUCAUUAAAUUCAAAUUUCUGUACUAUGUAGUGCGACACAAAUAGUCAUGCAUCAGCUUCACGCAGUAGUUUUACUACUAUGUUAAUAUUGCGACACUUUACUACAAUGCGACACUUUACUACUAUGCGACACUCUACUACUAUGCGACAUUUUACUACUAUAUUAAUAUUUGAAUAAAAUUGUAAAUUAAUAUGGAGUUUGUCAGUCAGAGCACAUAUAGCGGCCACUUGCAUUUUUUUGUAUUCCAACAAAAGCAGAAAGUAUUUAUUUGGUCUGAAGAAGAUCUAAUCUUAAGAAACGAAAUAGAUACUUACUAAGCAGAUGAACGCGGUGUGUUGCAAUUAUUAACUUCUUAUUGACCGAGCGCGAGGUCUGUAGAAAGAAAUAUCGGACCGAAGUCUUUUUUGUACAGACCAAAACCCGUAGGGGGCGAGGUUUGUACAGAAAGACCGAGGUCCGAUAUUUCUCUGUACAUAUCGAGCAAGCGAGGUUAUUAAUAAAAAGUUGACAUCUAUAGGCAUUUAUACUUGAAACGAACAAGAAGUCUAUGAUUUGAAAUGCCUAUUUGUUGCGUGGUACACAUUUGGUCGGAGAAAACAAAAAAUACCUGUAAUGUAUUCCUUCUUUUCCACUAGAAACCACUCGCAGAUAUCUUACUAAUAACAAUUCAAUUAUAAUUUUCAAUUAGUUUUCCUGUUUUGUUUUAAAAUGCAUGCGUAUGUUUUUACGUAACGGGCCACGCAAAAUGGACCGCCAAGUCCAUUAACGGGAAAUAAUGGACCGCUGGAAAUGCUUCUCAACCCCCAUGGGGUGGGGUUGGGCCCUCCUCCUGGCAAUCACGACGAAAUAUAAUGAAGUUGAAAUAAAAGCUUCGCGGAAGGUCAUGUACGUACAGUUUAACAUCAAAAAGGUCUUCCAUUUUGUGGCCGUUUGAAUAUUUCAGGUCUUCCAGACCAUUAUAUCUUGACAGAUCCUUACGUUAAAGAUGUUUUGACAAUAAUUAGUAUAUUCAGCUUCAUCAUUUCCCGUCGCACUCAAACUCCGAAAUUUACACUUGAGAACCAUAAUAAACCGAGAAAUUGUAUAUAUAGAAAGAGGAAGACAUUUUUAAUUAGUUAAUUAAAACUCUUAAGAGAAAUGUCUGGCAUAGAGGAAAAUACUUAGGAAAAGCUGUGCAAAGUACGGCUAAACGUUUUGACAAGUUAACAGAACCUAAAGAACUAGGCCUAUUAGUAGUGUAUACAUACAAUCAACAUUCAAUUCAUAUUUUUCAGCCCUCUAGACACCUUCCUCAAAAUUAAACCCUUUAUACGAUCUAUUAAGGCGGAUCUCAACUAAACGAUUUUUGAGACGAUUUUUAUGCCGAUCGUCAUAAAAAUUCGCAACGCCAGAUUUAGACAGAAGUGAGUGAAGAUGAACUAGCAGCAACAAAAAAGCGCGAAAUCUUAUUGGUUAAAAAUUUGGUGAUCGUCUGGCGCUCGACGAAAAGUAGAAGUCAAUCCUACUUUUCGUCGAGCGCUAGACGAUCGCUCUUCGAACAUUUUUUUUCGUCGCGAACUGCGUUGGCGAUCGUCUCAAAAAUCGUCUAGUAGAAAUCCGCCUUUAUGGACAACAUUGAUCCAUUAGAAUAUUUACAGCAUCAGUAUUGAAAAGCCAUUACGUAAUUAAAAGACAGAAGGUCACAUUAUUAUCAAUAAUUGAUCACAUAUUAGCCGUAAUGCAACUUAUUAAUAAAAAUACCUUUAAUAAGUUGCUCCAUUUUAGGAUUCGUGACUAUUUUUUAUGCAUGCAUGCAUCAAUUAGUCGCUAGAGCGCAGCUAGCAAUUAUACAUAAAAUUGAAAUAUAUUUCCAAGAUACAACACUUUCCGUCUUCGUUCUAUGUCAGUCUUAGCCUGAUCGUGCUUCAUCAGUUGUGUUAUUUUGGAAGCAGGACAAUAGAUGUUGCACAUCUCGCAAAAAAUGCCAAACCUAAAUUUCAGACUCCCUUUCUUUGGGUAAAUUUUAUUAAACUUUGUACAUUUUCUAAUAUCAGCUUAACAAGUGCAAAUAUAUCCUUUUUCUUCAAAACUCCAUGGAGCGGAAAAUUUUCAAUAUCGAUUUUCGACGGUUUAUAAAUUUUCUAGCAAACGUAUUGAUAGAAUUUUAUAAAAUGGAAGAAAAAAGUCAUUAUACAAGAAUUUAUCUUUUAUUCAAAGUUUUAAAACGAUUCACUGAAGGCAAUUUUUAAAAUGGCCGGAAAAUGACAAGUUUUGGGCUUUAUAUCAAGCACGUAAAGGACUUUCAACAGAAAAGUAGCAAAUUGUAAUUUUAGGAUAGCAAUGUCAAAGUGUCCAAUAAAUUUCGUCUUCGUAUCAUGUAAAGUGAAGAAUCAGAUGUCUCUUCAAUACUAUUGAGUAGAAAAAUGAAAAAACCCUAUGGGGAGCCACAUUUAUGUUAAGCCCUCAAAACCUCUUCUUGUACGUUCCUUUUAAUUAAUUUAUUUUUGAUGACUGUUUCUGAGGUAUCUGCUGUUUCCACAUCGGUUAAAUCAUUCACAUUUGUAUAAUGAUUCAUUACAAGCGCUGUAUAAAUUUAUUUAUAAUAGAGAAUUUAAGCUUCGCGUUAUACGUCAAACGGCAAACGCCAGGCAAAGAAAAAUUUUACGGUAUCAGGUAAUAAAGAGUAAACAAACUUGCUGUUUUAAAACUGAAAUACAUAAUUAUUCUUUCGACGCAAGAAAGAAAAUAUGAAACGAAGACAUUCAACGAAAAGUUUGCCAAGAAAGUUCGAAUCUACCGUUUGCGUUUCCCGGAAACGUGAAGCUUAAACUCCUUAAUAUUUGUAUUCGAGUGCUGUAAAAGUAUUCAUACUUUUUCUAUUUUCUCGCUCUAGAGGUUAGUUAACUACUUUUCUAAAUCCGUCAUUAUGGAAAGCGAGGAUGAGUGUGCAUCGUGAGAUUAGCUGUUCUUCAUUCUUUCUCAAUAACAUUGUGUAUUCCACUAAAGUUAAAACCAUAGUUGGAACACUAAUCAAACCUUUAUUUUGUUAAAAUAAACUAAUGUUAUUCUGCAUAACUGCCAGCUUUCCUCCACUCUCAUCCUCGUUUGAUCCGUGGGGCUUAAAAUGAAAAUUUUAAAUAUGAAGUGAAACCUGAUCCAACAUCUUCCAACGUCAGUGAACAUUAAUUGCCACCAUAAUAUACAUUUGUAAACUAUUCACUGCAGAUUUCAUUUCUUCCAGAUAUCUCACGUUUGAAAGAAGACAUAAUCUCUGAGUCAAGACAGCGUAGUUUGGUUCAUUGCGGUUCUAGUUGUUCGAGACACCGCUUUUGUAUCGCGUACAAUUACAAAGAAAAUUGCAAAGAAAAUGAAACCAACUGCCAGUUAAGUGACACUACUAAGCAUAAGUUUGAGAAAACGAGCCACGGAGAUAAUGGCUGGACGUUUUACGGGGCUGUUUGUAAAAAGAUGGUGAGAAAAUACUAAUCUCUACGCGAUUAAAAUAAAAGCUGCCAUAGUUGAACAUAAAUAGAUAAAAAGCCUAUCGAUCUGUUCAAACAAACGUCCUUUGUCACUGGUUAUAGCCUCCACCUCAUUACUUAACCUCCGAGCCGCUUUGUUUGCUCAAUAUCGUCCAGUGAUUGCAAUCGCAGCAUCUAUUUAUUGUCAAUUCAAUCUUGCAUUGAGACGUCAUAUAAAUAGGCGUACGAGACAGGGGGAAGGAGGGCAACCCCCCAAAAUGUUGGAAAACCAUAGAAAUUCGGACAAGUGCUAGGAAAAAUAAUGAAAAUUAGGGAAGACUUAUCAGAAAAUAUGUUUAAUUCAGCUAAUUUCGUUAACAAUCCUUCAUAAAAAUUUGGGCAAACUUUCACUCCCCACGCGGAAAGCAUCAGCCCCGUACGCCAAUGGUUAUAGAUAUCCGGAGGAAUAGUUUAAUUUCACCUAGUAAGUUUCAAAAAGUUAGUAAAAUGGCCAACAUUAUCGCCAUAAUAGCACAACUUAACUAACCAGAGUACAAAGUUGAAAGCAUUAUCGCUAAAUAUUUGAAAACUCUGACGUUUCUUCGACAUCACAUUAGAAAUAUUGUUUUCCCAAACAUUUAGAAAAAAUCAUUCUCAUGUGUAAAUUAUCAGUCCAACCACUGUUUUCUAAUUUCUACCAUAUAUAAUAGGAAACUCUUUACUUGCAAAAAGUUUUUAAGUGUACUCGGGGUUUAACGCAUAGUUGACAUCUCUUCCUGGAUUAUUUCCAGUUUAUUCGUGAAGACAAAGAAUGUAAUAAUGGCGGGAAUCUAAUCUUGGAUCUUGAUAAAUGUGAUUGUCCAGACGAUUUUGAGGGAGAGCAUUGUGAAACGAAGAUAAGUAAGUAA